CUCCACCUCUAUCUCCCGGCGGCUGCGCAAGGCACUGCACGCGCCGGGCGAAGGACUAGGUUACACUCCUUCUCUUCCUCCACUUUUCGUCCGUGGUCACAGCGCCAUCUUAUGGUUGAUUAAAACUUUGAGAGAGGAUUAAUUCUUCAGGAACAAGGAAUCAGAGUCCUACUUCUUCCCCGCACCUUGAGGGUUACUUAGCAAAAACUAAAGGUAGCUAGAAAACGUAGCUAUCGAGUCUUCCUGUGAUCCGUAGUCCUCCCAGUUCUCGGAGGACCCGGACUCUAUGAUUAGUGAUGAAGAGAGGCCUCUAUUCUGUGGGCGCAUGCGCGAGGCGAGGUGGUUUCGCAUGCGCAGACGGGCUGAGCGAAGCGCACGCUGAGGCGGACGGCUGGUGCGGGUGUAUCAAGUCAGGUCUCCGGUUAAAGAGCAAGGCGCAGCUCUCAAGUGCGGGACUCACACACAUACCUCAGAAUGCCGGGUCUAAGUUGUAGAUUUUAUCAACAUAAAUUUCCUGAGGUGGAAGAUGUAGUCAUGGUGAAUGUAAGAUCCAUUGCUGAAAUGGGGGCUUAUGUCAGCUUGCUGGAAUACAAUAAUAUCGAAGGCAUGAUUCUUCUUAGUGAAUUGUCCAGAAGACGUAUCCGUUCUAUAAACAAACUCAUCCGAAUUGGAAGGAAUGAAUGUGUGGUUGUUAUUAGAGUGGACAAAGAAAAAGGAUAUAUUGAUUUGUCAAAAAGAAGAGUUUCUCCAGAGGAAGCAAUAAAAUGUGAAGACAAAUUCACAAAAUCCAAAACUGUGUAUAGCAUUCUUCGUCAUGUUGCUGAGGUAUUAGAAUACACCAAGGAUGAACAGCUGGAAAGCCUGUUCCAGAGGACUGCCUGGGUCUUCGAUGACAAAUACAAGAGACCUGGAUAUGGUGCCUAUGAUGCAUUUAAGCAUGCAGUCUCAGACCCAUCUAUUUUGGAUAGCUUAGAUCUAAAUGAAGAUGAACGGGAAGUACUCAUCAACAAUAUUAAUAGGCGAUUGACCCCACAGGCUGUCAAAAUUCGAGCAGAUAUUGAAGUGGCUUGUUAUGGUUAUGAGGGCAUUGAUGCUGUAAAAGAAGCCCUGAGAGCAGGUUUGAAUUGUUCUACAGAAACCAUGCCCAUCAAGAUUAACCUAAUAGCUCCUCCUCGGUAUGUGAUGACCACGACAACCCUGGAGAGAACGGAAGGCCUCUCUGUUCUCAAUCAGGCUAUGGCUGUUAUCAAAGAAAAGAUUGAGGAAAAGAGGGGUGUGUUCAACGUUCAAAUGGAGCCCAAGGUAGUCACAGAUACAGAUGAGACUGAGCUUGCAAGGCAGCUGGAGCGGCUUGAGAGAGAAAAUGCUGAAGUUGAUGGAGAUGAUGAUGCAGAAGAGAUGGAAGCCAAAACUGAAGAUUAACUUUGUGGGAAAGAGAGUCCAAUUUAAGGAAUACAAAGCCACCCUUCCUGGCUAUAAACCCUAGACUUGAAAGUUUUCCAGUAUUGAAAACUUCAAAGAUGAAUAUUUUUUAUUUCCAAGUAUUUAAAUGUUCCAACAGACCAGAACAUGAAAUGCCCUCCUAAAUACCAGCUGUUCUCCACACAGUCGCUCCAACACAUUGAGCAUUUUUUAAGGGAGUGGCCUAAUUUCACUAGAGACUAAUCUUUAAGCUAAGAACAGUCCUAAAAUUGGGCUUGUGGUUUCUAUUUCUGAUGUCUCCAGAUUGGCACCCCACUAUAUUUCAGUGCCUCCAUGAGAUUUACCAGGGGCACCCAAAGCAAAUAAUCCAAGUCUUUCUAUAUCAAAUGUAUUCAAGAAAACAUGAAAUAAAUUUCUGGGAUAUUUAACUAUA